GGUUUUCUGAAACAGAAAGGCACAGUGAAUUCAAAGAUCCUGAAGAGAAGAUAAACGACAGCUCCACAAAGAAAAACUGAAAAGAUAUUUCACAGAGACUCAAAAUGGGAAUCAUAAAUUUGAUUCCCUUUGUUGUGUUUUUGGCAUUUAUUUCUCCAUCGCAAUCCGCGCAAUUAUCUCAGCAAUGUAUCAUCAGUCAGAUUGCAAAGAGAAACGACAUUAUAUAUAAAUUCAAGACGUCUGAAAAAGCAUCUAUUUUCAGCCUGAUAGUUACAGAUACACGAUAUCGUGACACCUUCGCUAUUGGUGACCCUACCAGGGGAACAAUAAGACUGAGAAAGUCUCUUCUGGGCAUUCGUUCUUGGAGAAGCGACAAUACAUGCAGAAUUGGGAUACGUUUAACACAGAGGAACCAGAAAUACGGUUUUGUUAUCAACACCGUUAACAUCGAGUUUAUCGUCCUGAGAAGGGGAUUCGCUGAUCGUCUGCUUUCAAAAAUCAUUGCUAAUGUCAAAUAUAUGGCGAAACCAAGCAAUCCAUUUCGACCAACAUCAAGUAGAUUUCCGUGGCCCCAAAAAUUCCACCGAAUUUUGAUGCAAGGAACACCAAGAUCAAAACAAACCUCGCUGGCUGAAUGCAAAUUCCAAGAAGCUUUCGCUCGACUUGUGAGGUUAAUUCGUUUUAAAUUUGGAGUCAAUAUCGGUGACAUUCAUAUUGGACCUCAAGGCAUUCUAUCUCCUGAAAAGCUGGAAGAGUUGAUUGAAGCAACAGGUUGCAUACCUGAAAAUGAAAGGCCCAGAUGUUCUCGAGAAACAUUACGUUAUCGUACCAUUGAUGGCACUUGCAAUAACCUACGACGGCCAACUGUGGGCUCAGCUCCAACUGGUUUUGACAGGUUUUUACCAGCAAUAUAUUAUGACGCAGAAGGCCUGAACGAACCACCCAGUAAUCAACCAAACGCACCAGACUUACCAAACCCUUCAACCGUUACCGAGCUUUUCAUAAUAAUUCAAUCAAAAAAUCAAUUAAACAGAGAUCGCAUUUCACAUUUGUUUAUGCAGUUUGGACAAUUUCUUGACCACGAUAUGACAUUGGCACCGGAGAGUGAAAAUGGUGAUGUGUGUGAAGAAAUUCCAUGCAAUGGUAGCCCCGCAGAUUUCAAGGACCCAUGUUUCGCUAUUCUCCCUGCUUCUGGCAGACCCUGUAUUAGAUUAAUUAGAUCAGCUGCAAGAUGUCCAAUCAAUGGCUUCAAACUAUUACCAAGAGAACAAAUCAAUGUAAACACAGCGUAUUUGGACGCUUCCAUGGUUUAUGGUUCCUCUGAAUCAGUAGCAAAUGCUGUGCGAGAUCUUACCAAUGAUCUAGGAUUACUAAAAACGUCUGGUGCAAAUCUUUUACCGAUUGAUAACAGCCUGUUGGGUGAACCACUAUCCUUGUGUCGAAAUCUUGGUUCCUGUUUUUUGGCGGGAGACGUUCGAGUAAACGAACAAGCUGCGUUGGCGGCAAUGCAUACACUCUGGGUUCGUGAACACAAUGACAUCGCGACAAGGCUAAGAAGACUUAACCCGCAUUGGAAUGGUGAAAGAAUCUAUCAAGAAACAAGAAAGAUCCUUGGUGCAUUAGUUCAACAAAUCACGUACGAGGAAUGGCUUCCAAUAUUGAUUGGUCGAAAUGCCUUGUCUCGCUACGAGGGUUACAGAACUGACGUGAAUGCUGGGAUAACUAAUGCAUUUGCAACAGCCGCGUUCCGUUUAGGUCACAGCUUGGUCAGACCGAAGUUUGAAUUUCUUCAAAGAAAUUUUAAACCUUUUCCCUUCUCUCCUAUUCCUCUGAGGGAUGUAUUCUUUAACAACAUACGAACGCAGAGAUAUGGUAUCGAUGGUUGGAUUAUAGGCAUGAUUGGAAACGUCUCACAAGAAAUGGACAAUGAAAUGGCAAUAGGUCUUACAAAUGAACUUUUUCAACGUGAUAACAGAGAAGGUCUCAACCUAGCAGCAUUGAACAUGCAACGUGCUCGUGAACAUGGUUUACCGUUCUAUAGCGAUUUUCUGGCUGAAUGUGGAAGACGUCUCCCAGAACUGUACCCUGUUGAUGUCAGAGAUGUACGAAGCUUUGAUCAAAUCGGUGAUUUAUUCCAACCAGAGGUGUUAGCUAGCAUUAAAAAGGUUUACAGAAAUAAACCUCAGGCCACUGAUCUCUUUACUGCUGGAAUCAGCGAACUGCCAACAAGUCGAGAAGCAAUUCUCGGACCAACCUUCACUUGUCUGUUAAUUGACCAGUUUAAACGUCUUCGAGAUGGAGAUAGAUUCUUCUACCGUAAUAGAGGAGUAUUUACCCCAAAUCAACUCAGAAGUAUCGAGAAAAGGAGCCUUUCUGAUAUAAUUUGCAAUAACAUAAAUGUUGUUUCUGUUCCUGAAAAGUCCUUCAAUUUUAAACCUGAUCCUCGUCAAUAUAAAAGCUGUCAAAACUUGGAUAGACGUAUGGACCUGAGCCCCUGGAAAGAGUUCUAGUUGUUCCACUGUUCACACUCACGUCGAGAAGAUUUACUGAAUUUACUUACUGAAUUUACAUUUAUACGACAAGUCAUAUAUAACUAAUUUGGAACUUAAAAGUAAAAAUACAGAUAUAGUUAGUAUAUUGCAAGUGCUGCAUGUCAAAACGUCGAGACCCGAGAUUGCAUGAUGAUAGAUAUGCAUGAAUAUAUUUUGCAAUUUGUUAUUUUGUUUUUUUUUUCAGUAAUAAAAUUGUUUUUGUUGAAA